UUGAAUUAUAAAAAUGUUCUUCCCGAAUGGAAAAAGUUUAAGCCAGCCCGGGCACUUAAUUCUGUACGAUACUAUUGUCAAUGCCAUCAUAAUUCCUCUUUUGUUCAUUCUUUUUGAUGAUCAAAAUGAUGGCCAAAUAUACACCUCUACAUUCAUGGGAUGCAAAAUAGUAAUUGGCUUCCUCUAUGUUGGCAGAGAUAACUUAUUUCGACACUAUUUAAGGCUCCGGUUCUUUUAUCAACAAUUUAUAGUCAAUGUAACGAUCGUCCUCCUAACAAUUCAGAAUAGGGCAAGUGCAGUCUUUGCAUUAAGUACCACUAUUAUGAUAAUUAUUGAAGAGUUAGUUCUGCUAUUGCUUACUUAUAAGUAUCUCUUUUACGAAGAAAAUGACCAAAAGCUUCAAGAGCUGAUGACUUUUUAUAAGCAAUAUCGGAAUAAAUUCUGUAAUGGCCCAAAGUCCCAAGCUGUAAUGUCAAGAGUUUAUAAAGAUAUCGAGUUCACUGACCUUCUAAGACCCACUUUGGAUAAAAAUUUAAGUUUAAAUUUUUGUAAAACUGAUGCUAAGCCAGGGUUUAAGAUAAUUAGAAAGCCAAGAUUUGCACUUUUCAAAAGAGAAAAUGAAGGAUCAGGGAAGGAAAACAAAGGGAAUGGCUUUACCCAUGAAAGAAACUUUAGUACCGUCAACGGAGUUUUUAAGAAUAGAAGUGCUGAAGAGAAUAGCUUGAUUAUGAGAACAAAUGAAUACAAUUUCAGAAAUGAAACCCAAAAGAGACUCAAAUUGACAUAAAUCUUAGCGAUAAAGAUCACAUGAUCUUGUCCAAAAAGGUGAAGCCAGCCAAAAGAGGUGACUAUGCACUCCUAGAUCCACCUAACUCAUCUCAUAUCUACGUUGAGAACAACUCCUCUAAGCAUGAAGAGUCCAAGCUCUCUUCUAAAGAAGACCGCUUGCCUUCAAAACUAAGUGUGCUUUGCCAUGAGAACAACGACAAAAUAUUUGACUUCAAAAGGUCUAAGAUAGAAGUAGCAAGUAUGAUAUCCAUGAAGUCAGUAGGAUGCACAUAUCCACCACACUCACCCUUUCCACUCAAUUUUGUGUACUUUGAGAACAAAAAGUAACACAUAAUUCUGUAAGAGAGUGUGAGAUAGUUUAAAACUGAAGUAAGGGUUUAAUAAUACAUUUUUCAAUUUA